AUGAUAAUGGCUUCAAAUGAAUUGAUUAGUGGUUUCAAAAGCUUAUCAUUGAAAGACCAGCCUCAGUCAAACUUAAACUGUCUGUUGGGUAAUGCUCUGUUACGCCGAACAGCGAUUGAUUUACUUGAAGAACCUGAAAGGAACAACCGUUUACCAACAAAGCAACAGUUGCAUGAUAGUAUUCGGUAUAUUUUGUUGAAGUUUCUUGAACAUGAUCAUCCUGACAAAAACGCAAGAUUACCUUAUGGAUUGAAUAUGUCAUUUGAACUGGUUAUAUCUGUUUUGUGCUUGAAGUCCACAAAAUAUGGACGUCUUGAUCGUCGACAAAGAUCAACAAAAAUGAUUGAAAGAUUAUUACCAUGGGUGCAAGAUAGGGGAAGAUCUAUAGUUGAAAGGGGCGUAUUAAUCAACCAAGGUCAAAAUAGAGAGGUUUUAUUGAAAAUGAAACAAAUCAGCGACGCUCUCGUACAAAAAAUUUGUAGAUCAUACAAUCAAUGUGUGGACAAUUUUUUGUUUGAACAUGCAAGCAAAUCAUUAGAGGCACUAAAUUUAGUUCAAAAUACGACUACUCAAGAGCAAAUUUCAUCAAGAUAUGACGUAAUCAAUUUUGAAUCUGUGCUAGCUCCUCUGUUCAUUCAAGAAUGGAACAUAUACAAAGAGCUGAAAUCGGCCGAUAAAGACGCGUCCGAACGAGCUCUUAAAACAUUACAAACAAUAUUAACAUGUGCUCUGAUGGUAUUAUGGGCGCGUUAUAACGGAUAUAUUGAAGAAGAGUUGCUUUGGCAUCAUUGGUUCGGGUUUGUGGUUAUAGGUGGCGCCUUGUGUGUAGUCCUUGACGCCCAAUAUCGUCGUGCUUGCGUUUCUAAAACGACGCAAGCAACAGACCAAUCUGGAGCAACUCAGAGCGCUAUUCUUCGUAUUUUAUCCGAAAAAUUUAUUACAACUGAUCAGUCGAUUGAAGUUAUUGCUACCAAAUUUCCAUUGGGUGAACACUCGGCAGUAUUUGUAGACAAAGAACAGUUAAACGACAUACGAAAAAUGGAUGCAGAGAUUAACCACACGGAUAACCCAAGUAGAUCUUCAGUACAUAGUUUGGAUGUGGAACAAGCUGAAAAUAUUCUGCACCGUGCUAUUGAACAAGGUAAUAUUGAAACAGGAAGCGAUGAUAACUCAAUGGCCAACAAUUUAUAUAUUAUUAAAUUCGCGUUAGGAUUUCGACUUACAAAAGACAAUGAUGAUUCUCGCGACGACAGCUUUGCGCGUUGUAUGGUAUUACAUGUCUUCGAUCUAGAUCUUCGUGAUGUUGCUGAAGCGCUAAGUCAACAGCGAAACGACAUUGUCUUGAAUGAUAGACGUAUUACUAUAUCAUCGAUCAUAACUCUUUUACGUAGCGCUUUGCAAAACUUUGAUGAAGAUGAUGACGACACCGCGAAAGCAACUUCUGUUAAGUCCACAGAUAGUGAAUGGACUAUGGAAGACGACGAAGCUGCAAUUUAUGCAUUGGAAAGUUUUGAUUUAGCUUUGGUUGAUUUGCGGCAUUAUUUUCGGUAUGACGAAGAUUUAUUAGAUGCUUUGGAAGGUGGUGCGGAUGAAUGUGAAGAUCCAAAAUCAGUUGACAACUCGUCAGAAUCCACGAAUGAUCCGACAUUUUCCAAUGAGAGAAUAUGGAAAGUAAUUCAACGUACAGAAGGAGCCAUUGAGGCUCUCACAAAAUAUCAUAACGAUCCGACCGGCUGGGAAGUUACAAGGGCUAACAGAACCACAAUGGCCCGAUUAGCUUUCGGUCCUGGUGGAGCGGGCAGGAUCGCUGCUGCGGCGAACGAUAACAAUACUGAAAGAGUGCUGCUACACGCUGGAAAUCAUAACAGUUACGAAACUUAUCGAAGAAAAGCGCAUAGAGGUGUAAUCGCAACGUUUAAUAGUUCCGACGAGAAAAGAUUACAACCAUCGCUUACUUUCUUCGAAUUUAUGAGAAAUCGCGACAAUAUAUUCGAUGUUAGUCUUCGUGUCAAUUAA